AUGUCUUUCCUCAGAGCUACCACCACCCUCCCCUUGACCACCUCUCGAAUCUCUUACAGAGCUUUAUCCACCUCUGCCAUCAGGUCAAAGACUCUCACCGAGUCAGUCAAAGAUGCUGCUGAUGCUGUAAACAAGAAAGUUGGUCAAACGCUCGCUUCAGGCCUUGAAUCCGCCCAACACGCCACUGAAAGUGCUAAAGAUACAGUCAACGCCAAAACUCCCUCUCAAUCUGAGAUCGACUCCAAAGCCUCCUCAGCUUCCCAAACAGCCAAGGAGACCGCCGAAUCCGCUAGACAAAAUGCCAACCAAGCGCUUGGAUCGGCUGCCGGAAAGGCUAGAGACGCAGCUGAUGAAGUGAACAAGAGAGUAUAA